UAAAAAACCUCAAAUUCACACGGGCAAUUAAAUGAAUUGCCGCCCCUAUAUAUAGAGGAGAGAUUCGCAGUACCCUCGUCCCGUGCCUCCUCUCGCAUCAACAAAAAGGGCGCGUCUGUUACUUUGGCGGCAAAGCGAAGUUCUUCCGUCUUGCAGAGAAAGGGCCAUUGUUAAUUUCUACUGCAGUGUUGCCAACCAUGGUACGUACAAAAGUUGAAAUCAAGAGAAUUGAGGAUAAAGCUAAAAGGCAUACCACUUUCACAAAACGUCGACAAGGUCUUUUUAAGAAAACCAAGGAGUUGGUCAAAAGAUGCGACACUCAAGCGGCUGUGAUCACGUUUUCUUUGGCCGGUAAUAUCUUUGCAUUUGGUCAUCCUUCUGUUGACAACGUCGUGAACCGCUACAUUGCUGCCACGUCUGCUCUGGAGCACGAUGAAGUUCCGGUUCAUGAAGAGGCAGAGAAGGAUGCAGUAAUUGAGACAAAGGAAGAUGAAGAGAGGUUGUUCGAGGUGCCACUUAAAGAUAUGGGUAUGGAUGAGCUUGAGGAGUUGAAUCGCACAAUGGAAGAGAUGAAGAAGAAAGUCGUUGACAAAAUAAAUGGGAUGAUUUGGAGUUCAAAGAAUGAGGAUCUUGGAUUACCAUAGGCAGAUUUAACCUCUAACUGAAUAUACUAAAUUCUAUACAUCAAGAAUUUUAGGUACAUCGUGGAUUCUUUAACUUUCAUACUACUUCGCUGAUAUAGAAGAAGUGACUUGCAUGAAAAGGUGCACUAGUUUUUUGAUUAUUUUUUUUCUCUUUUAGAAGAGUCGAGAUAGUAGUGUUUGAUUAGUUCCUCAUUGAUACAUAUUUUUAGUAGUGAAAGAUGCAAUCACAAAGUAAAGUUUCUGAGCCAUUGUUGUGUCUAGCAAGUUUACUUUACUUUGUUCCAAUCAUGAAUCCUUAUUCUUAUACUGAAGCAUUUUAAAGGAAAUGGAAUGGUUGUAACUAA